AUGUCUGAGGAUAUUUAUAGCAAUGAGCUCAAGACUGAGAUACAGGAAAUAGACAAAGAGAAAAUGGAGAUGAUGGUGGUCAUCUAUGAGAGUGGAGAAGACUUCAGGACACAGACAGACACCAAUACAAAUAGACAACAACCACUUCAGUCCACAGGAAGUAAGUGUGUGAGGAUGAGAAGCUACAGAUCAGUUUCAGUGUGUUUGGUGCUGUUGUGUGUUCUUCUACUGACUGCAGUCAUAGUGCUGUGUGUCCUCAUCAAUACAAACAACCAACACAGAGACCAACUAGUGAACAAGAAUCACAAUCUUACAGAGGAGAAAAACCUGCUACUAAUAAAGAACAUCAACCUCACAAAAGAAAAUGAUGGAUUAUUAACCAACAUUACCAACUGUAAAAAACAAAGAGACCAGUUAAAGGAAAAGUUGGAGCGAUUGUGGGAGAUUCUUAAUCAAACUGAUGGAUGGAUUCAAUAUCGAUUCAGUAUUUAUUUAAUUUCAUCUGAGAAGAAGUACUGGACUGAGAGCAGAAGAUACUGUAGAGAGAGAGGAGCAGAUCUGACCAUCAUUAACAACAAAGAGGAACAAGAUUUUGUUAAGAAAAUUUCUGGUACAGAAUUAAUCUGGAUUGGUUUGUCUGACAGUGAUGAGGAGGGCAGAUGGAAAUGGGUUGAUAACAGCACACUGAACUCUAGUAUCAUAUCACAGAGAAAACAACAAAAGGGGCCUACAAGCCUAGUGGUUAGUGUCUGGCUUGUAACCCGAGAGUUGUCGGUUCGAGGCUCACGGCGAGUGGGUUGUGGUUCCCUUGAGCAGGCACCUUUACCUAAUUGUUCCCUGGAUUCUGGGCGUCUGGAGAACCCAAUGGUAAAAGAGAAGAGAACUGUGCAGCAACUUAUAAUUCAGGAUGAAAUGUCUGAGGAUAUUUAUAGCAAUGAGCUGAAGACUGAGAUACAGGAAAUAGACAAAGAGAAAGUGGAGAUGAUGGUGGACAUCUAUGAGAGUGCAGACGACUUCAGGACACAGAUAGACUCAAAUACAAACAGACAACAACCACUUCAGUCCACAGGAAGUGAGAAUGUCAGGAUGAGAAGUUACAGAUCAGUUUCAGUGUGUUUGGUGCUGCUGUGUGUUCUUCUACUGACUGCAGUCAUAGUGCUGUGUGUCCUCAUCAAUACAAACAAUCAACAGUUUAACAUCAAGACCAAAAACCUCACAGAAGAGAGAGACCAGCUACUAACCAAAUAUACCAACAUCACAGAAGAGAGAGACCAGCUACUAACCAAAUAUACCAACAUCACAAAAGAGAGAGAUGAAUUAAUAGCCAUGUAUAAUGAUAUAAAUGGAUGGAUUUACUAUCAAUAUAGCUGUUACUUCAUUUCAUCUGAGCAGAAGAACUGGAAUGAGAGCAGAAGAUACUGUAGAGAGAGAGAAGCGGAUCUGAUCAUCAUUAACAACAAAGAGGAACAAGAUUUUAUUAAGAAGAAAAGUGGGAAAGAACACUGGAUUGGUUUGUCUGACAGGGAUGAGGAGGGCAGAUGGAAAUGGGUUGAUAACAGCACACUGAACUCUGGGUGA